GGGCGGGUGCGGCCGGCCAUCGAGUACGCGGUGCGGAGCCUGCGGGAGAGCGGCGCGGGUCUGCCGCCCGGCUACGCCUUCCAGCUCACCUACGAGGACUCGGCGUGCGGCAACCGCGCCCUGUUCAGCCUGGUGGACAUGGUGGCCCUGCAGCGCCGCCGCCCCGACCUGCUGCUGGGGCCGGUGUGCGAGUACGCGGCGGCGCCGGUGGCGCGGCUGGCCGCGCACUGGGACGUGCCCAUGCUGUCGGCGGGCGCGCUGGCCGCCGGCUUCGGCGCCAAGGGCGGCGAGUACUCGCACCUCACCCGCGUCGCGCCCGCCUACGCCAAGAUGGGAGAGAUGCUGCUGGCCCUCUUCCGCCACCACCAGUGGAACCGGGCCACGCUGCUCUACAGCGACAGCAACCCCGAGCGCAGCUGCUUCUUCGCCAUGGAGGGCGUCCAUGUGGUCUUCCAGGAGGAGGCAUUUCACAUGGCCGUGCACAGCUUCGACGAGACCAGCAGGCACCUCGACAUCGACGACGUCGUCCGCGCCCUGCAGACGGGCGAGAGGGUUGUAAUCAUGUGUGCCAGCGGUGACACUAUCAGGAACAUCAUGUUGGCUGCUCAUCGGCAAGGAAUGACCAACGGGGACUAUGCUUUCUUCAAUAUUGAACUCUUCAACAGCUCAUCAUAUGGAAAUGGCUCUUGGAGAAGAGGAGACAAGUAUGACCUUGAAGCCAAGAAAGCAUACUCAUACCUCCAAACUGUCACUCUGCUGAGGACUGUGAAGCCUGAGUUUGAGAAGUUUUCCCUGGAGGUGAAAAGUUCUGUUCAGAAACAAGGUCUUCAUGAAGAUGAUUAUGUGAACAUGUUUGUGGAAGGAUUCCAUGAUGCAAUCCUUCUUUAUGCUCUAGCUUUACAGGAAGUCCUCAAGAUUGGUUUCAGUAAGAAAGAUGGGGAAAAAAUUGUUCAACAAACACGGAACAGAACAUAUGAAGGCAUUGCAGGGCAGGUGUCCAUUGAUGCCAAUGGAGACAGAUAUGGGGAUUUCUCUGUGAUUGGAAUGACAGACCCGGAGGCAGGCACACAGGAGGUGAUCGGGGACUACUAUGGGAAGCAGGGGCGAUUUGAGAUCCGAUCGAAUGUGAAAUACCCGUGGAACCACGGCAGGCUGCGGCUAGAUGAAAGCAGAGUUUCAGAGCACACAAACAAUACACCGUGUAAAUCAUCAGGUGGUCUAGGAGAAUCAGCAGUUACAGGAAUUGUUGUGGGCGCCUUGCUUGGAGCAGGAUUGCUAAUGGCUUUUUACUUCUUCAGAAAGAAAUACAGAAUAACUAUUGAGAGACGAACUCGACAGGAGGACUGUAACAUGGGGAAGCAUCGGCAGUUACGUGAAGACUCCAUUAGAUCUCAUUUUUCUGCUGCAUAAAGAAGAUGAAAAAGAAUCCCAUUCUUCCUAGGGAAAAUAAAGAAUUAGAGAAGAGGACACAACCAAAGACAUCAGUGUAAAAAGAAGAGGCUCUUGAAGAACUCACUCUUUUAAGCAGUAAUUUUGUCUUAAUUUCUUUCAGAAGCUCAGGAAUGAUUUACUAAUCACAUUAUGCCACAUGGCCUUUCAUCUCAUGAGUAAAGAAAAUUAUGCAGUUUGAUGUUAUAGGAUGUACUUAAUAUGUAAAGACAGCAUUUCCUAAGGCAUAUAUUAAGGCUAGCAGAUCUUGGUUUAGUUGAUGGGGAAUGCCUCGUUUUGUUCCUUUUUUUCUUUUUUUUUAGCUUCUACCACCUCCUUCCGUAUUUGCAUCUCACCCAUGGGUAUCAAAUAUGGUUUCAGAGGCACAGGUGCUGGUUGCUGUCAAAAGGAAAAAAGGGAUUCAUUUGGGGUACGAUCCUGCAUCACUGAAUCACUGACUGAUAACAGGGGAUAUGAAAUUUGGUGUACGGGCCUUAGUUCUGGGAGGGAACUGGCACUUGGUUGUAAUUAAUUCCACUGAGAAAGUCAGGCAGGUGGAAACACACAAACCAUUCUUUCCUUGUUUGUGUGGCAUUACGCACAAACAAAAGCACUGUUUCCCCCUCUUAGCUGGUGGGACUUAGGAAAAACUCCAGAGAAGGAUGAGGAGUUUCACACAUGAAGUAGUGACAGAGAAGACAAUCGGGUCUCUGGAGAGGACUGGUUAAUUCCUCAGUCUUUUAUGUGCUUUGUCACUCUUUUCUGUCCACUGCCAUGACUUUUCAGAGGGGCAGAUGUAGUCCAUGUCAAGCCUGCUCCUGUUCCCAGUGAAGUCAAUGGCCAAGUCCCAUUAACUUCAGUGAGCACAGGACUGCAUCCGUAACUGUAAAUAUGAAAGUGUUUGUAUAGCUGAUGCAAUUCAAAAGGGGAUUUUUUUUGUGUGUGUAAAAAUGACAUUCCAUGCUACCAUUUUAUUUUUUAGGAUAUUUUUAAUCUUGUAUUUUUCUAUUAAAGUAUCUAUUUUUGCUUUGGUAGGAUUAAAAAUUAAGGAAGAGGAUGUUUUGAAGACAUAUUUUUUAUGAUAGGAGUAAUACGCAGGGAAAGUCAACAGCUGUAGAUACAUUUUAGAACCAGUAUUUAGGGGAGGAGAAAUGACUUUGUGGAUGGUGGUAGACUUUUUGCUCCACUUUUUUCUCCAGGCAUGCGCAACAUUCAAACAGUUACUUAAACAACACAAAUGCAGUUCUUGAAUUGUCUAUGUGAUGAUCACCCUGAUGCUGUAAAUAAUGCGUUUUUCACAUGUCAGAGUCCUAUAGAAGUUGGUGAGAUUUUAUUAUCCUUGUAUGUACAAUUAAACACCCAAGGAACUACCUUCAGGAGUCGUGUGUUAAACGCUGUUUGGAGUGGACUUUAAUCCUGCUGCCAUCAGUAUCCUGGAAAUUCUGCCAUUUAUUUUGCCAGGAUCAAAACUGAAUCUGUGUUGAAUUAGCUACUGACAGGUUAUUUUAUACUAGACAAAGGAGAGCUUUGCACUUUGUAGUCAACAAAUGGAAAUGAGCAGUACUUAUUGUGGUGAAGAAGACCCAUUGAAAUAUUGUCUGUUGGGAAACAGAGCUGUGGCUAGGGUUCUAAGAGUUGAUAAAAUAUUUCGGUUUAUUCUAUUCUGAUUUCAAAAGCAGAGCUUUCUGGUCGCAGCAGUUCUAGUCAGACUUGAAAGUUAAUUUCAAAACUGGCUCUAAAGCCUGAUUUCUACAAAACUUCUAGGCCCUGAAAUGCCAGACUACCAGUUCUGAGAAACCACUUUGGGAUACCUGGGAGUGAAGAGGAAAAACUCACUCUGUCUCCUUUCUGCCGCCUUUUAUUUGUUGUUGGACAUGCUUUUUUCCUUAUAUUCAACUUUACUCUUAGCAUAUGGAGGGUUCAUCACCUGCCCUUGUGAUAUACUGUCCUGUGUCCCGGGCAGCCAGAGGGCAAAGCUGCCUGACUGCCAGGGCAGCUCCAGUACAGGAGUCGAUUUCCAGCAUCCCAUUUCCCAGUCUGGGCCUGUGUGACUUCUGCAAAGGUGCUUUAGCCAAAGCAGCCCUGAUCAGUGGAUAGUUUUCUGAAGUAUUCUCCUUACUUCAAGGGCACCAGAGAAGAAUGGUAUUCUCUUUAUAUCAUGGACAUCAGAAGUAGGCUUGAGCAGCAUUCAUACUGCUAUGGACUUGGGGAGGAAAAAAGACUUCCUGAUUAGUUUCUGGGUUUUUUUUUCCCCCAAGCAGUUGAGUUUGUCUAGCCCCUGGGCAUGCUUAAGGUUUGGGAUUUUUUCAGAUACUUUCCAAAGUGGUUUUGAUCUACUUCAGGUUUUGCUAAUAGGUCUUUCAUAUUUUGAAUUUCUUUUACACAUUUGACUACUCUGCCACAGAGUAAAAGGCAAGGAAAAUUUUUAAAAAUGUACCAAAAAGAGGGUAUGAUUUGAAGCAUAAGCUUUUUUGGAAAAUUAUUUUUGUUGUGACUUGCUUUGCAGUAUGAACUAGUACUCAAACAGUGGCUAGUUUGGAACCAA